AGAGAACAAGAGAGCAACAAGACAGCUGCCAUAUGGAAUAGCAGCACAUUAUAUCAGUAGUCAAGUAUAAUAUUAUUGUCCACCUCACUAAUAUGUAUGAUCUCAAACCUUGACUUGAUUUGUGUGGAUUGAAGAGAAAUGCAAAGUUGCAAAUGCUCCUGGAAUACAUACUGAGACCAACCGUUCAUGGCCAAAAUACUUGAGAACUUGUUGACAGAGUAGCUCCGGUGACCAGGAAUAACCAUGGGAUGUGGCGUCGCAAAGUCGAACCAGUUCCAUACAAAAAAGGGGGGAAAAGCCAUCACAUCGAUGAAGGCAGCUGUGCUGAUCCAGCGCUGGUACCGUCAGUAUGUGGCUCGUAUGGAGAUGAGACGGCGAUACACCUGGAACAUCUUCCAGUCUAUAGAAUACUCUGGGGAGCAGGCCCAGAUCAAACUUUACAAUUUCCUUGGCUACCUCAUGGACAACUUCCACCCAACUAGCACUGAACGCAACUUAAUCUCCCACAUAUUCAGAGAAAAUGAUGUGUGCCGCGAUACAGAGUGGGAGAGGCACUUCUGCUAUAAGAAUAUUGAGGUGCCAGAGAUCUACUCAGGGCCCCAUCUUAUCUUCCCUCUUACUGUGGAACAAGUGGCUGCCAUGGUAGAGGCCUUCAGGAAUAAAAGACAGCUCCACUCUCGGUACGUUCUCCAACUUCUCCUGGAAACAUGGAAGUUACUCCGAAAGCUGCCAAACAUCAGUCGAAUCUCCACCUGCCACAGCAAAGAAAUCACCAUUUGUGGUGAUUUACAUGGGCAGCUGGAAGACCUGCUGUUGAUAUUUUACAAGAAUGGCAUGCCAUCAUUGGAGCGGCCAUAUGUUUUCAAUGGAGACUUUGUUGAUCGAGGCAAAGAUUCCAUUGAGAUUCUCCUCAUCCUUUUUGCCUUCCUGCUCGUGUAUCCAAACGAUGUUCACCUCAACAGGGGAAACCAUGAAGACCAUAUUGUCAACUUGAGGUAUGGCUUCACCAAGGAGGUGUUGGGGAAAUACAAGAUGCACGGCAAGAGGAUCCUAAAGCUGCUUCAGAAGAUCUUCAGCUGGUUGCCCCUGGCAACAGUCAUCGAUCAGAAAGUGUUGAUCCUGCAUGGGGGCAUCUCCAACACCACGGACCUCUGCCUCAUAGCCAGAGUGGACAGACACAAAUACGUGUCUGCCCUGAGGCCUCCUAAGAAGAGGACACAAUACCCAGUGAGCCAGUCCUCUGUGGACUCGGACAUGGAAGACGACCUGUCAGGCACCAAGAACAACCAGCGCCGGGUCUCCCUGAUCAAGGCCAACAACUUCGGACCCCGGGAUGGCUUCCAGCGCCGCUCACUCCAGGACUUUUCCGGCAGGGUCCCCCGGACCGUUGACGAGGAGAUAGAGGUGCGGCGGAGGCAGUCCAGCUUCAUCAAUGGCGGCUUCAGCCACAGUCAGGGGGAACUCAACAACCCGGCCGUCUCCUCGGUGUCGCAGGAAUCCACCGACACAGCAGACACUACCGUAGAGGAGUGGAAACAGAUCCUGGACCUACUGUGGAGUGAUCCCAUGUCUCAGAACGGCUGCAUACCCAACGAGGUGCGGGGAGGAGGCUGCUACUGGGGGCCAGACGUCACCCGGGACUUCCUGGACAGACACAACAUGCAGCUCAUCAUCCGCUCCCACGAGUGCAAGCAGGACGGCUACGAGUUCUGCCACAACCGCAGGGUCCUCACUCUGUUCUCUGCCUCCAACUACUAUGAAGUGGGCAGCAACAGAGGGGCCUACGUGAAACUGGGACCAGACCUAGUGCCUUAUUUGAUUCAGUACCAGGCUAGCAGUAUGACUCGAGAACUCACCCUGAGGAAAAAUGUGGGGAAGGUGGAACAUUCAGCCCUCAAGGUCCUGCGGGAACAGUUGUUUGCACACAAGUCGGACCUCGUCAUUGCCUUCCAAGAGUUUGACAAAGACAAAACAGGGCAGGUGUCUCUGAAUGACUGGGCUAUUGCGGUAGAGAGUGUGCUGCGUCUAGGCCUACCCUGGAGGAUGCUGCGCUUUCAGCUAGUCACCUGCAAGACCCUGGGGGGCAUGUUGGAUUACCAGGAGUGGUUCCAGGAACUCUCCAUAAAAGAGCCACAAAUGGAGCACAUCGAUCAGGGUUUGCUGGAGACCCUGUACCGUCAUCGCGCCACCUUGGAGACCAUCUUCAGAAUAGUGGAUUUAGACAACUCAGGGUUCAUCACAAUGGAGGACUUCCGUCAGACAUGGAAGCUGCUGAGUGCCUUCUUAAAGAUGGAGAUCACUGACGAGGCCAUCUCAGACCUGUCCGUUACCAUAGACACCAACCAGGACGGCAACAUUGACAUCGGUGAGUUCAUGGAGGCCUUCCGGCUGACGGACAAGAAGAGCCGGCUGGAGAGGGGAAAGAGCAUGUUUAUGGGGACCGCCACUGACCUGACCAAACUGGAGGGGGACCCCAAUAUAUGAGGGAUUAGUGGGACUGGAAGGGGACCCCAACAUAGUAUGUAGUAGUGAGAGUAAGUAUUUAAAAAAAAGCAGACACUAUCCACUCAAGACACUAUCAACCCAAGACCAACAAACUACUACUAGUGGGAGAAGUUCUGUAUGGAGAGAGAGAAUGUAGGAGACUGCUUGUUUAUUACCUCAGGGACUACGGAGGUAGUGCAGAAACAAACAAACAAACAAGCCAACAAGCUGCUUUGAUCAUUGACGCACAUUGAGACACUGACACUAUUGAGUGUUACAGCAGUGUCGAUUAGGCUAGAAGGUGGAUAGCAGACAAUCUCCUUGGUGAUUAGAGAGGAUGGCUGGAUCUUAUUUUCAUCAUAGUUUGAAGUUCAAGAAGACACCACAGAGGGAUGUGGUUUUGGAUUAAUUCAGUCUGUAUGCAGAUGCAGAGGCCAACAAUAAAUAUACACAACGUCGUCAAAGUUUAUGUCCUUCCAAGUGGAAUGACUUGCAUAUCAUUUGAAACUUUCAAAUAUGAAAAAUAUUAUAUUUUUUGCCAGACUCAUGUAAAUAGAUCUGGACUGUUAUUGGUGCCUUAGUGAUAGAAUAGGGAAAGCAUUCCAUCAUUUUAGUGAAACUCUCAUUAGUGUACUGAUUGAAUCGUGUCAUUGCCAACCUGUCCACCUGUUCACUGGAUGUGGCAGUAGGAUUAUAUCUCCAUCAGGACAUUGGUCCUUUCCAGUGGUGACCAGUCAUUCAGGACUGUUUUGAGCCCCACUUGUUUAGCUAAAAAUAAAAAAUAAAUACAAUUAUAUACAGUACCAGUCAAAAGUUUGGACACACCUACU